CUUCCGGGUGGUACAAGACUCGUCAAAGAAUUCACAGAUCUCUCGUUCAAGAUGUUAAAGGCUGUCAUUUUAAUCGGAGGGCCCCAGAAAGGCACCAGGUUCAGACCACUAUCAUUUGAGGUCCCCAAACCCUUGUUUCCAGUUGCUGGUGUGCCUAUGCUGCAGCAUCAUAUUGAAGCAUGUGCCAAGGUACCAAAUAUGAAGGAGAUUUUGCUGAUUGGCUUUUACCAGCCAAAUGAAGAACUGACAAGAUUCAUGGGUAAUGCACAGCAUGAAUUCAAGAUUUCCAUCAGGUAUUUGCAGGAGUAUGCAGCCCUGGGAACUGGCGGAGGCAUCUAUCACUUCCGAGAUCAGAUUGUUUCUGGCAAUCCUGAGGCUUUCUUCGUCCUGAAUGCUGAUGUUUGCUCAGCAUUUCCUCUUGGAGAGAUGCUCAGCUUCCAGAAGGAACAUGGAGAACCAAACAGUUUUGUUCUUCUUGGAACAACUUCAAACAGAAAGCAGUCCAUGAACUACGGCUGUAUUGUUGAAAAUGAGGAAACAAAUGAGGUCUUGCAUUAUGUUGAAAAGCCAAGCACUUUUGUGAGCGACAUCAUAAACUGUGGUAUAUACCUUUUUAACCCAGACAUCUUCCAGCAUAUUGGUGCCAUCUUUCAAAAGAAUCAGCAGGAAAUGUUGUUAUAUCCAUAUGAUGGAGAGGAGCCGACCAAUGGAUGGCACCGAGCAGAGGUCAUAAGGCUGGAACAGGACAUUUUCACUGCCCUUGCAGGGCAGGGAAAGCUCUAUGUGUAUAAAACCCUCAGCUUUUGGAGCCAGAUAAAAUCUGCAGGUUCUGCCAUUUAUGCCAGCCGAUUGUACCUCAACCAGUACCACAUAUCUCAUCCUGAAAGACUGGCCUCAAAUAAGGAUGGAGGGCCCAAGAUCAAUGGUAAUGUCUAUAUUCAUCCUACAGCUCACAUUGACCCCUCUGCAAUGCUGGGUCCCAAUGUCUCCAUUGGCAGUGAAGUGACUAUUGGUGCUGGAGUCCGAGUUCGAGAAUCCAUCAUACUCCAUGGGGCAACUCUGCAGGACCACUGCUGUGUUCUGAACAGCAUUGUUGGAUGGGACAGCACCAUUGGCAAGUGGGCAAGAGUAGAAGGAACUCCAAGUGACCCAAACCCCAAUGAUCCCUAUGCAAAAAUCGACAGUGAGACACUCUUCAGAGAGGGAAAACUUACACCUUCAAUUACUAUUCUGGGUUGUAAUGUGACCAUCCCCCCUGAGGUGAUCAUCCUCAACUCGAUUGUGCUCCCACACAAAGACCUCAAUCGCAGCUUCAAAAACCAAAUAAUUCUUUAGUAAAUUUUCUCUAACUUCUGCCCGAUUACUGUCAUCACCAGGUAACUGUGUUUAAGCAUCUAAAAUGAAGAUAAAGGGCAUUCAUUGAAUAUUUACAAAAGAUGAAUGCUUUCUUGAAGAGUGCUGGGUAUUUUUGAGGGGUUUUUUAUCUUGACUGUUUCUUUUGGGGACGUUUGGUUUAAUGUUAACAUGAUGUAAAAGCACUUUGAUACCAUACUAUGCUUCAUAAGGGUACCCUUGAAAAGCGUAAGACUUGUUACUUAAAGAUGAGAACUGCAAUUAAUAAAAAUGAAAAAAAGACUAAUCACUGUUUAAUUUUAAUUAAUUUAUUUGUGUAAAGUUCUAAUAAAAACAUUUGAUACCUCU